AUGGAAUCUAUAACUUCCGCAGAAGAAUUAACCAAACUGUUACGUGCUAAGAAUACUACCACUGCUCAAGUGUAUGACAUUGUAUCAAAAUUUAAUAAUCUACCGAUAUAUUUCCCACACAAAGAGAUUUUUGUACUUGAAUUAAUCCAGGAUAGAUGGAAUGAUCAGAAAAGAGAUGAUUUUAAAGUUGAUUAUAAAAUAUGGGAAUUAUUUAAUUCAAUGUGGAUAAAGAUCAAAGAUCAAAAUCUAUUGAAAAAGCUAUUUAAAAAUCUGAAAUUUGGCUCAUUACUAAUUAAAUCUUUAAAAUUGAUCAAAGAUUCAAAUAAUUCAAGCCUUUUUUUGAAAAAUCUAUUGAAUACAGUUAUAUUAAUUAAUUCAACAUCCACAAUAGAUAUAUCAUUUGAAAAUUCUUGUAAGAUUCUUGCACAAAUAUUAAGUCUGUUAUCUUUGAAAAACAGUGGAAAUCAGCUAUCUGAUAAUGACAGAGACCAAUUAAUUACUGAAAUUAUCUAUCUAUUAGAUAUCAAUAAUGUAACUGACAUAAAUAGUAAAUUAGCCAAUGUUUAUACAAAUGAGCUGCUAUUAGCCACAUUAAAAUAUAUUAUUCAGUUCCAAUCUAAUUCUGUCUCAAAUUCUGGUUCAAUUGGGGUUUUAAGACAUUUAUUAGAUAAUUUCGUUUUUGCAGAUAAUUUGCCAUCUUUGCAAUUGUUAAAAAGGUUCUUCAAAAAUCAAUCCGAAAACGUUGAUAAAGAUUCAGCCAUAUUAUUAUUUAAAAUAUCGAUAUCAUUUUUAUCAAGAGGUAACUUUAAACAAUUAGAAGAAGUUUUUAAUUUUGUUGUUGCUUGUCAACCAAGGGUUACCCCAAUCCUUUUAAAAGAAUUAUCUACAUCCAAAAAGACAUUAUCUCAAGAGUUUUUAGAAAAUUUAUUCAAUACCACCUUAAAGAAUGCUAGAAAAAAUAGUGAUCAUUAUAACGAUCCGGAUUUUUGGUCUUUAUUAUCUCAUAUCCUAGAUCUAGAUAUUGAAAUUGGUAUUAAAGAUUUUGAUAUUUUAUUGAAUCUAAUAAAUGAUCAAAAAAAUAGCAAUGAAUCUUCCACCAUGAAUAUAUGGUCCAAAGUCAUAUCCUGUCAUAUUAACGCAAGAGAAUACCCUGAAUUUUUAUCCAAAUGGCAAUCUUAUUGUUAUAACUAUACAGAAACAAAUAAAGAUAAACCACCGCUUUGUUUUUUAUAUGACAAAAAAUAUACUGAUUUUCUAAGUAAUAACAUGGUCACGUUAUCAACUACCCAAAUAAAAGAUCUUUUUAGUGAUAUGGUUGAUUUAAUAACUGGUGAAAAUAUUAUUCAUAAUGACUUUAAUAAAAAUUUUUUAAGGGUCUACUUAUCUGGACUACCUAAAUUGGAACACCAUACCCUGAUGGACAUUAAACCAAUGCUCUCUAAAAUCUUUGAAACGGAAUCUUCAACUGAUCUUUGGGAAAUAAAAUAUUUAAUAAUGGAUGUAUAUGAUGAUAUUUUACCAAUUGAACAACUUACAGAUUUCACAUCCAAAACCUUUACAAAUUUAGCAAGUAAUACUGGCUUAUCAAGCAACCUCUUCUAUUAUUUCUUUAAAUUAAGAGAAUACCAAGAAUUUGAUUUUACUACUAUUGAAGAAGAAUUAAUUAAAUAUAUCAAAUCCACUGAUAGCAAUACAAAAUCUGUAAUACUGUUGAAACUUUUUACUAACUGGUCUUCUAUUAUUAAUAGCAUUUUUUCAAGAGAUAAUAUCAAAACUUUGGUACAUUUUCUUUGCAAAUCUCAACAUAUCCAUAUCUUAAAAUCGUUAUUUUUAAAUGGGGACUUUUUUGAAGAAGAAAAUAUCAUAUUCUAUUUGGUAGAUGAAUUGAUACUAUUAUAUGCUGAUGAGAAUGCUAUCAUCUACUUGAAUUCUAUCCCAUCUCCGUGUAUUAAUAAGAGUGCCAGAAUUUCACUUAUCAAUAAUUUAACGUCAAAAGAAACAUUAACAGAUUUAGACAUUUCUUUCCUAUGCAAAUUGCUGGAGAAUCCAACCCAUAAAUCAGUCUUAGAGACAGACUUUAAUCAAUUGAAAGACUUUAUUUCUAAAAACAAUAAAAAUAUUGAUAUAUUCACCACAAUUUGGAAUAAUUAUACUUCUCAAAUCAAAGAAUCUAUUAGCCAGACUUUUAUCAAUAUAACUAUCGAUAAUAUUCUACAGAACUUAUCAAAUAGUGAAGUUGCGUCUGUUUAUCAUCAACUGGCUUUGAGUGUAAUUCAAACUACACCAACUGAUAUUAUUGAUAAUCUAAGAGAUAUAUAUACUCAACUAUACCUUGAAAAAAUAACACGUCUGGAUCACCUAGAUGAAAACAAACGUCUUUGGAUAUUAAACUCUUUAUACCGAAUCUCUAAAGUUAUUGUUUUCAAUAAUGCUCAAACCAUUGAAAUCACUAAUAUUAUCACUAAAUUAGUGAAUGACAAGAAUGCAAUGUCAAAUAUAAAACUGUUAGAGGCAUUAUUUUUAUUAUAUUGUUCAUUGUAUAAUGAAAGCUUAAUUUAUUUGUAUCCACAAUACAUGACACUUAGAGGGUUACAUGUAUCAAGGGAACCUAUGUUACUGGCCUUAUCUGAUGUUUUAAUUAAAGUGAAAAAAGCAAAUAUUGCCGAUUUUAAUGACGGGUUCAUUAUGACAAUUAAUUCAAUCAAUGAAGAUGGCUCAACCUUUUAUCUUGAUUCAAUUCUAGAGCUAUAUGAACUUCAGAUUAAUCAUAUUGAAAAAGCAAAUGUUGUUGGUUGCCAUUUGUUUGUCAAAUCUUUAUCAAUCCUCUUAACUAACCUUGAAAAAUUUAUCACAUUCUCACCUCAUGUCAUAUCGAUUCUAAAAACUUUACAAGCGUUAGAAAUAUCUAAACCAUACCUUUUCAAUCAAUUUGCUAUAGAAACACUAUUUCCAUUAUCAUUAAAAAUCAAUCUAUUAUUCAUUCAAAAGGGUAAUAGCCAUAACAAUGAAAUCUUCUUAAAUUCAACCAAGAUCAUAUCCAAUGCUAUCUUAAUUCAUAGGGUCAAAUUAUCUAAUCGUAACCAUUUGGUAAUUUCUUUGUUCUGUCGCUUAUUGGAAAUAAUUUCAAGGAGUAAAGAACUCAAUUUAAAUAUUAGUUCAACCAAAUCGUUAGCAAGAUUAAUUACAAAUUUUUGUGAACCAAGCAAUAUAUCAAACAAUCAGUCUAAUAGUAAACAAAAGUUAAACUCUAAGGUUAGUUUAAUCAAACAAUCAUUAAGAAAACAUGUUCCAAUGAUAUUAGUGAAAUAUAUUCAUUUAUCAAUCAAUAAUCCAUUUGAUAUUCAAGAUAGAAGUGUAUUAUUGCCAUCUAUUUAUAGUGUAUUCAAUCUACUAUCACAAAACGAGUUGAGUUUAGUAAAUUCUAUCCUUGACAACUCAAGUAAACAAUACUUCAAAUCAGUAUACAACGAAUAUAAAAGAACUGGUAAGUGGCAUGAAGAUUAA